GGGAAACUUAAAAAAGUCCGGGUAACUUAUUCUUUAUUCAUUGAGCUAUAAGUGAGAGUAACAACAAACAACAAAUGCAAAUGUUACUGACAUCCUUGUUAGUAACAUGACAAGCACCAGACUAUGCUGCCCAUAUCCCUCCCCCCAAAACCCACCAAGGAGUGCACCCGGAUGGCCAAACACCUCGCCCAUCACCAUCAGCUGUGAGCUGUCCACCGUCUCCCUUAAGGUUGCGGAGGGCAGCCCGCUCAACCACAAGGUCCGAGAAACAGUGAUCCCUGUAAGGAGUAGUGCCCGUUUCGGGGCCCCCAGUAAUAAUCCCUUCUUCUGUCGGAACAACCCUCACUCACAACGGGUGCACCACAUCAAAGGUAUCGAUGAGAGACCUAUCUGUGCACUGAAUGAUGUCAUCUUCGGCCAGAUGCCCCAGUACUGCUUGGGCAGGGUCAUGACUCCCGAGAAGUCUCUGGUGCUGCAGUGCAAGAUCCCCAUCUCAGCCAUCGGAACCAACACUACCUACCUGCCCACUGACGUUAUCACUGGCCUGCAGUUCUUUCCACUCAAAAUGAUUGAUUCAUCCUCCCUGAGGUUACUGACAGAAGCGUGGUGUGCGGAGUUACAGGAACUCACAGAGAAGAUUGGCCUCCUUGGACCCACUGGUAAAGGCUCCACCAUGCCCUCCUCCCCUCGGCCCAGCUCUGGGGCAGGUCUGGCUGGAUCUAGAGAUAGGGAGAGAACUCUGAAAAUGCAACUGAUGGUCAUAGACAUGCUGAGUCAGAUCCUCCAGAUGGAGUCCAUAGGGGAGAUCCAGCAGUGGAUGCUGAAUGCUGGUCACCGAGAAAAGGACCAGGUCCUUCUUCUUCUGCGUGCAUCCCUGGCUCAAGAGUCUGUCUCUGCCGGCGAGAUCCCUGAUAUAGAAGAGUUGACUAUGAUUCAGGUAGAGAACCAGUGCUUAGACUCCAGACUGGCAUCCAUCAGUGAGCAGGAUGCCACUAGAGAUCAGUCCUCAAAGAUGAUGUCAGACUCCAGUAAAAUGGAGUAUGCUGAGUCAGAGGGAUCCAAGCCCAGGACCUCCAGGGAGAGGCGGAGGGCCGGAGCACCCAGGACGACCUUCAGAGCGCUGGGCAGCCCCAGUGUGUGCCACCUCAACCAGAAGGUUGUCCUACGCUACACCAAGAGGUUCCUCUUACCCCAAACCACCUCUAAAGGGUUCCAGGGCAUGGCCUGACUACGCUCAGUUAUGGCUUGAUAGAGCCCUCUAAUAAAGCGCCCUCUGAACUGUCCUCUGGAUGUAGUUGUUGUUGUUGUUCAACCUAUCCACAGUUUUUGUUUGUCUCAUUUAAAAGCUUAUUGGAUUCUGACACUGACUCAGUGUCACUGAAUACUGUAGUUUGAGUGAGACUAAUCUAAUUUU